UCGAGAUAAAACCAUAGAGAAUAAAGUCAUUAAAAAAAACUCGUUGCCAUGACAACCCAUAUCCAAGUAAACAAAUAAAAAGUUAUUGUAACGUUAGAAUAAAUUGUAAUUUAAACAUAUUAUAAUUUAACUGUUAUGUUAAACUGAAUAUGUCAAACUUAACUGGUUUCGACAGUGAGGCGGUGGGUUUCGACUGUGUAAGUCAAAACAGCAGACCGAGUAAAAGCAGCGCUUCCCAAACAACAGAGUUUGUUGAGAUUGGCACUGGUUCCCAAACCAAUACGUCAGAGGACACCAGUUCUAUGGUGUGCCCUGAAGAUUUGAAAGCAGAGGUUGUGAACAAAGAAUAUCCUCCUCCAGGUCUGAACGAGUUCCUGCGCAGAGUGGUGCCGGCCAUGAUGCAGCAGUUGGACCAGAAUGACGCCGCUCUCUCCAGCGACUCGUCAGACUCUGACGACGAGGAUGCUGUUAGCGCUAAGCUGUUACAGGAGAUCAGCCUGCAGCGCGCGGCAGGCGACCACGGCUCAGUGCUGGGCGUCACGUGGAGCGGCGCCGGCAACUCGCUGGCAGCGUGCGUGGGGCAGCACGGUGCUCGCGCCGAGAGCGCUGGCGUGGUCAGCGUGUACACGCUCAAGCAAAGCGAGGACAGGUUCGUACACUCUGCAGACUUGGCCGAGAAGAGUUGCGUGACGGCGCUACAGUAUCACCCCUCACUAGCUGGCUUGUUAGCGUACGGUACCAGCUCGGGAGAAGUGGUAGUUUACAAUCUGUCCGACGGGGGCGACUGCAAGCUGGCGUCGGCCGACGACCGCCACGGCUGUCGACGCGUGUCGGCGCUGCGCUGGGCCGACGCACCGCUCGUUGACAGGUUCCUCGCGCUGACCCACAAGACACCCAGGAGGGCGGACCAGGUGCUGGUGUCUGCGGGCGCGGACGGCACGCUGGACGCUUGGCACGUCAACGCCGGCGUGCCGCUCUUCGAGCACAUAGUUCAGUACGCCGUCAGCGAGGCACGCGGCCGACCUGCUGACGUCACGUGCUUCGACUUCGUCAAGAGUCCGUCGAGACCCGACGUGUUUGUUGUUGGCACCAAGAGCGGCAAGCUGAGUCUGUGCAAGGUCCAGCCUGCGUCCGCCGGCGUAGACCCGUCGUAUGUCGUCGUCCAGCCGCACGCCGCCAGCGUACUGGACGCGCAGUUCAGCCGCCAAGAAACGCACGUGUUCGCGUCCGUCUCCGUGGACGCGGAGCUACGGCUCUACGACAUAGACCAGAGUGCACCGCUGCAGGUGCUUUGGCUGCACGCGCCGGUGUGGUGCCUGUGCUGGGCGGGCCCGCGCCUGCUGCUCGGGCUGGGGGGCCUCGAGCCGGCGCUGCGAGCGUACGAGGCCCGCGCCGGCAGGCCUCUGCGCGCCGCAGGCCUCGCGGCGCGGGGGCCUGUGCGCUGCGUCGCCGCUAAUAGCGGCUCUAGUGGCGCACUGGUGGCGACGGGCGACGACGCCGGAACAGUCCACGUGUGGGAGCUGCCUUCGCUGGUGAAGCAUCGCAGCUCAAAAUGUACAGCUUAAUACCACAGAGUAACCAGAGAGUUUUUACAAACUGCGUGCUGAAGCCGAUACUAGAGGCUGAAAUGCUUGUUUAGCCCCGCUGUGGAGUGGUAAUAUGACAGUGUUUUUGAGAAAGAGUAUAUACUACUCUUUCUAUAACUGUUUAAAUAUUAAAAUGAGUUUCAAAGAUUAUAGAUUGUUUGUUUUGGUAAAUCAUAAAGAUGCAAAAUAUUAAAUUUUCUACCAUUUCUACCAAGCCCAAUAAUUAGUUGAGCUGGCAAGACGUCAGACAAAGACACACAACCAGUGGGAGCCGUCUCGCCAGGGCCGCUUUUAGCUAGCUAUCACCUAUAACGAAAUAGCUAUCUUAAUACGAAGACAUUAGAUCUCAUUUUAGCU